AUGGGGACCCCAUAUGAGCAGAUCCGGGUGCCUGCCCAGGAUGGCACGCUGCUGCAGAUCGACCACCUGCCCGACGUCCAGGACCUCGUGUCGAUCCUGGAAUCAGAGGCCGUGCCGCUGCAGCACUGGUGGGACCUGGCGCGCGCCUACCUGGCGCAGGGGCGCGCGCAGCAGUACCUCGAGCUGCUGCAGAGCUCGCUCGACCCCGAAUUCCUGAAAGCCGUCGAGGACUUCUUCAAGCGCCGCCCCAGCUUCGAGAUCGUGCUCAUGAUAUGCGGCAUCGCAGCGCACCACACGGAGCAGUAUCGCGCAGAGCCCGACAAGGCGGCGAAGCAGGAGCACUACAGCGCGGCGCUCGCGCGCGUCAACGCGGCGAAGCAGGAGGGGCCCGCCGAGCAGCUGCCCUGGCUGGCGUCGGGCGCGCUGGCGCUCGCAAAGGGCGACCUCAAUUCAGCCAUGGCCGAGUUCAAGCAGGCCGCGGCCCGCACCCACAACGGGCGCCCCAACUGCGCGGGCCAGCUGGCUCAGGCGCAGCUGCACUUCAACGCGGGGCGGCUCAGCGAGGCGCUGGCGAUCUACAAGCAGGUGCUGCAGCGGCAUCCGUGGGCGCCGGCGGAGGUGCGGCUGGGGCUGGCGGCGUGCUACUUCAAGGCGGGGCGCAUGGACCUGGCGCAGGCCGCGUAUGAGAGGUGCGUGUGCGUGUUCGUGUGA